AUGGACUGGGCAUCGCCACCAGCCUUACCAGAACAUGCCGUGUCAUUCGCAGUUUCAUGGUGGAUCGGAUGUCAUGAGAAGCCAUUUGCCGCUCUUGAUAUGUUAGCUCCUUACAAGAAGCACUGUACCUAUACCUCAGGCUUUAUUACAUUCUUGGCCCGGUACACAUCUGACUGUUCGAUGGGGGACUUCCCCAAGUCAAAAUGUUUUCAUGGUGGGGUUGGAAUCACACAUACAAGAACUGGAACAUCUCCACUGAGUCCGAGAGGCUUCGGCACAGUCUUACAAAACUUGCUUGGCUCUAGUUUCAUCUCAGGUAAGGAGGGCACCCAAGCGAUGAUGACCUUGGUCCAGAACGCGUAUAAAAAUACGAUGCUUGGAGCUGGAAAGGAGAUGCCAUCAUUCCUCCAGUCUUUCUCAUCGACUGUGGAACUAUUCUCCAUCACUAUCGAAAGCUCGCCACCCAACGGCCAUGUCUCUGUGUCUUUUUCAAGCUCUUCGUCUUCUGCUGAAGCCCACAGCAAUAGCGCUAAGGUGCAAUUCAGCACAGAUCUCCCCAUAACAAAUACUACUAUGAUCCCUGACGUGGGUAGUGGCAACAGCACCCACAAUGCCAACUCAAACCCCAAAAAAACUGGCGGGAGAAAGCUUGCAGGGUAUUAUCCCGUUUACAACGCUGAGGGACAGCCACUUUCGGAGCUUAGAUAUGACCUUUACGAUGAGAUAAUCUUCUUUGUGGCAACAACAACUGAAAACUUCACACUUGGUACCUAUCCUUUGAAUCAAAAUGAAUGGGAUUCUUUGGCUUUUGAUUUUGUCAAGAGCUGUAAAAACCACUCGGUCACGCCUACUUAUGCUGUUGGAGGGUGGGGAGGCUCCAGAUACUUCUCAGCGCUUACGGCUACUUCGGAGAACCGGACCGCAUUUGCCGAUUCAACAAUCAGUUUUGCCAAGAAAUACGGUUUCGAAGGAAUCGAUUUUGAUUGGGAGUAUGCCAGUAUUCAAGGAAUCGGCUGCAACACCGUCAACGACGCAGACGUGCAGAACCAACAAUUACUCUUCAAGGAAGUUAAAAGUAAAUGGCCCGAAGGAAAGCUGUCUACAGCACAGAGCAUCGCGGGUAUCAGGGAUGCCAACUACGGAAAAUUGCCAGCGUCUGACGUUAGCUUGAUGGCACAAGUUGUCGACGAAGUGAGAAUCAUGGCUUAUGAUGUUCAUGGCAGCUUCACCAAGACCACUGGGCCCAACGCACCAAUCAGAGCUACAUGCGCUGAUCCUGAGAACCAGUUAUCAGUCGAGACUGCCAUUGAAAUCUACCUCAAGCAAGGUUUCAAACCGGAGCAAUUGAGCCUGGGGAUCCCCGGAUAUGCGAAGUCUUGGACUUUGGCCAAGCCGGAACUCACACCAAGAAUCGUGGGCAAUUACACCAGUUACUACUACCAGAAUUACACCGGUAUUCCAGCUGGAGGCAGAUAUGAUGAUCAACCUGGUUUAGAUGUUUGUGGUCAAAAAACUGGCUAUGGUGGUUCAUGGCUCGUCAAUGAAUUAGUUACUGCCGGUUUCUUGAACGAAGAUGAAAACAGUGGCGGAAAAGGUUACACGCGAUAUUAUGACGAAUGUUCCGGAGAGCCAUUCCUUGCCAGCGAAACCACUUUGAUCACUUAUGAUGAUACCGCAAGUACCGUGGCUAAGGUGGAAUACGCCAACUCUAAAAACUUGGGAGGCGUCUUCUUCUUUGACACUAUGGGGCCAAGGGACAAGACAGUUAAGGCAGCCAGAACUGCUUUAUCGAACUAG